AUGGCCAGAGGCACAUCAGAACCGAGAAGACAGGUUUCCCGAGAGAGUGUGGCAGUGGCCAGAUCAUUGCCGGUGGAGAGAGGCACACAGAAGGAUGAAUUGGUGACACGCUGCAUAAUCGAAGCACUUUCCACGGCUCUUUCCAAAGCUAACGCCCCUCCGGUGAGCUCAGAGUGCAGGACCGUCCUCGACAGUGGGAAACAUGAAGCAGCAAGAAAGAAAAACACUGAAGAAAACCAACACUAUGAAGAUGAGAGACAUGUUCAGGAAUCUGAAAAACAUCACUACGAAGAUGAGGGAAACCAGGAAGCAGAGGGGAGACAUGGAGGAGAGCAGUUUGAAGUAGACGAUCGAGAUAAAGAUGAAAGUGAGGAACAAAAGCAUUUCAAGCAAGCCAAUGAUGAAGAAAGAAACAGUGAAGAUGACAGCAGGGGAGUGGAAGACUUCAAACCAGUCAAAAGCCCCUAUGAAGUGAAAGGUCACAGAAAUCACCAUACUGGCCAAGAGUACCAUAGCUAUGAAGAAAGAAGAUAUGCAGAUGAUCAAAGUGCAGACGAUGAAGAAGAAAAACACAGGAAACGAAGACACAGUGAUGAGGAUAGUGGGCAAGAACAAAAUAGUCCACCAAAUAUAGAUGAUUCUGAACUUGCAAGCCAUGGAUUCCAUGAGAAAUGGCCUCAUGGAUAUGACAAAGGAAGUGAGGAGUCACCUGAGGAAGAUAAGGCAAUUGGUUUAGGUGGACAGUCAGACAAAAGACAUAGUACUGCAGAAAGGGACAGUGACCGAGAGAUGGAUGGGUCUGAGGAAGAUCUCCUCAAUGAUCAAGAUAAAAGAAAUGGCAACUAUGGACAUCAGGAAGCUGAGUCAGAAGAGUCAGAAGAGAAUGAUAAUGAAAGAAGAGAAAAAUUUCUUAAUGGUCACAUUUAUUACCACAAAAGAAACAGCUACAGUCAUUCUGAUGAGUAUAGGAAGAGUCCCCAGCAAGAUGAGAAGAAUGCUGAUAAAUCUGAAGAAACCAGUAAAGAACUGGAACACAUCAAGAGCAUUCACAAUUACCUGAAGGGGAGUAACAUCCAGGAAGCAUAUGAGAAAGGCAAGCAUCAUUAUGAGGAUAUAGCAGAUGGACACAUGAGGAGUAACUCGGAAGAAUCAGUGGAGGAAGAACCAUACCAUGGCAAAAGAACCCAUAGUGAAGAAAAAGUACAGUCCAGUGAAAAGAAGCAUCAUAGCAGAGAGGAGGAAAAGAGACAUUAUGAUGGGAAUAAGAGACAUAGUGAAGAGGAAAAGCUGGGGGAGGAUGCAGAAAACGAGCAUCACGGUCAGGAAAAGAGACAUUAUAGUGAAGAAGAAAAGAGGCAUAUUCAUAAUGAAAAGUGGGUCCAAACUGAUGAAGGUGUGAAAGAGAAGUUUGCCAACGAUGAACUUGAUGAAGAAACAGAGAGAAAUACAAAACACUUGCCAAGAAUGCAGCAGGUUUGGUGGCAGAAGCAGCAUAGCAUGGAGGACAGAACCCCUGACAGUGAAGAAAAAAUGAAGCCCAGGGAGAAGAGCUACUCCUAUCCACAAUAUGAAGGUUAUGAUGGUAAACUGGAAAAGAGGCAUGAGAAACGAUAUGAGGAUGAAGACCAGGGGCAGGAAGUGGAAGAUAGUGAAGGGCUUGCCUCAAGACAACAUUUUGCCCAUGAUUUGCAAGAGAAAAUGAUGCAUGAUAGAAUGGACAAACUGGCACAGUAUUUGAAAGCUAAGAAAAAAUCAUUUGAAGUCCCAGAACUUUAUGAUUUUGAAGAAAAUGAAAAGCAACACCAUGAAGACAGAAAAAGGAAUGUGAACCAUAGAACUCUGACCAAAGAAGAGGAGAAGGAACUGGAGAAUUUGGCAGCUAUGGACUUGGAACUGGAGAAAAUGGCAGAGAAGCUACAUGGAAGUCAAAGAAAUUAAUACAGUGUUGUCUGAAAAGUCAUUUAGCUCCUCUGCUAUACCAUGUUUUUAAAAACAUAAAACAGCCACAUAUUAUGU